UUUUCCAAACAGAGAGGGCAGCGUGAAGCCAGGGGCCGUCAGCCAUGCUCCAGACGGUGUGGUCCCAGGAACCGGUGACCUUUGAGGAUGUGGCCAUGUACUUCCCCCAGAAUCAAUGGGCCAGCCUGGACCCCACGCAGAGGGCCCUGUACCGAGAGGUGAUGCUGGAGAAUUACGCAAACAUCACUUCCUUGGCAGCAUUGCCAUUCCCCAAACCAGAUCUGAUACUCCAGCUGGAGCGAGGGGAAGCACCAUGGAGCCUGGAUCCCUGGACACCCCUCAAGGGAGGGGCCCUGGGAGGUGCCCACACAGGUGGUAAAAACAAGACCGAGGAUGAGGAGCAUAGCCCAAGACUGAACAUUUCUAAAGACUCUGUGGCCCACAGACUGACGGUGGUGGGGCUGCUCACAGAAGCUCCCCAGCUCCCUCCCCUUAUGGACAGCUUAGGGAGGCCACAGCCAUGUCAGGCAGGAGAGAAAACAAACCAAGGAGGUAUCAGGGACUCCCUGGUCCAGGACUCCAGAUCCCUUGUCAUCAAAAGGGUGGAGGCAAGCAGGAAGCUGGAAGAUAGCACCAGGGUCAGCACCCACCUGCUGACAAAGCAGGGCCUCUGCGGAGGACAGGCGUUUUAUAAAUGUGGCGAGUGUGGCCACUAUUUCAGCCAACAUUCCCACCUUCUGCAGCAUCAGAGGAUUCACACCGAUGACAAGCCCUACAAGUGCAGAGAGUGCGGGAAAGCCUUCAGGUAUAAUUCAAAACUCUCCCGGCACCAGAAAACCCACACUGGGGAGAAGCCUUACUUAUGUCAGGAGUGUGGACAAGUGUUCAGUCAAAAUUCACACCUCCUUCAGCACCAGAAACUCCAUGGUGGAGAGAAACCCUUCGCAUGUCCGGACUGUGGGAAAACCUUCAGCUACAACUCCAAACUCCUCCGGCAUCAGCGAAUCCACACUGGGGAGAAACCCUUUCAGUGUAAGGACUGUGGGAAGGCUUUCCGAUGUAGCUACGACUGCAUUGUCCACGAGCGCAUCCACACCGGGAAGAAACCCUACGAGUGUCAGGCAUGCGGGAAAAGCUUCAGUUCCAAUUCAGUCCUCCUCCAGCACCAGCGCAUCCAUACGGGGGAGAAGCCCUAUGAGUGUAAGGAGUGUGGGAAGGCCUUCCGCCGGAGCUCCGUGUUUCUCCAGCACCAGAGGCUCCACACAGGGGAGAAGCUCUUCAAGUGCAAAGAGUGCUGGAAAACGUUCAGCUGUAGCUCCCGCUUUACAGUGCACCAGCGCAUCCACACUGGGGAGAAGCCCUACGGCUGCCAGGAGUGCGGGAAGGCCUUCAAUCAGAAGGUCACCCUGGUCCAGCAUCAGCGGCUCCACACUGGGGAGAGGCCUUACAAGUGCAGGGUGUGCGGGAAGGCCUUCAAGUGGAGUGCAAGUUUCAUUCAGCACCAGAAGUUGCAUGCUCGCAAGAAAGUCACCCAAGUGGCAGGGCCAGCCACAGUUGGACCCCACUGCCCUGCUUCUGGCCACCCCUCUCUGCCUGCCCAGCAUGAGCACUCUGCCCCCUCCAUGCCAGGGGCUGCCCCGUCUUCCCCACACCCCGCGUUCCUUCCUCCCUCCCUGCCUCUCUUUGUGCUGAUCCCCUCCUCUGAAACGGCUAGUCCUUCCCCUGUUCGAGUAGUGCAUUUCUUUCAGGAUCUCACUUCCCUUGGGAGCCCGAAUCCUCCCCACGAGCUCCUUCAUGGGCUUGACCACCCACCCACUUAGAGUUAUCAGUUUCCUUGAGCUCCUGACCAUGCCUGUGUUGUUUGUCCUCUGGGCCCAUGUGGUCAUUAUUGUUUUCCCAUCUCCAUUUAUGUUCUCACGGUGUUUGAGAACCAUGUUUGAUUCUAAAACUUCUAUCCCCUGGGUAGGAAAUGGUAGGAGUUGUCCUUUAUGGUGUCCAGUUUGGGCCUGUACCAUCAAUUGCACCUUCCUUCUCUACUAGAUUAGGUAGAGUUUACAGAACAUUUGGGGGCUUAGGGAUAUGGCAUUCCAAUGGCAUGGCCUGUUGUAAUUCAAGAAAUAGGGAAGAUGCAAAGCCCAUGGGAGGAGGUAAGCAGAGAAAGUAUCCAAUGAUGGCUUUCAGGAAUUAAGGAGGGCCAUUUGGUGGGGCAGGAGCAAGGCUCACUGUGUAGAAUGGGAGCCUGGGACUUCUUAUUACCUAGAUAAUGAUCAUGAUGAGGAUCCUGUGUAACCAAGCAAUAGAUCAUGGAAAUAACCAGUAGAAAGAAUAUGAAGUGAUGAGUCAGCAUUGAUAGCAAGAAUGUAGACUGUCUCUAAACUUGAUUGGAAGGGGAUGUGGUUCUCUUUUUGGGUUCCUUUUCU